AUAAAAGACCUGCCCAUCAAGCUCUUCAAGUCAAAAGCUUCAAGUCUCUUCUCUAAGCUCAUUGAACUCUCUCUUAUCCAGUAACGUAAAGAAUAUGAAGAGCGGUGACUCAGCCACCAUCGAUGUUCCUGACUCAACUGCCAGCGGUGGCGCCACUGCCAAAGGGAAAGGAGUAACGGUCGUGGCAGCUCCCCGGGCUGGAGGAUGGAACAAAGGGGUGGCCAUAUUCGACUUCAUACUGAGGUUGUGCGCAAUUGUGACUGCACUUGCCGCUGCUGCUGCCAUGGGAACGAGUGACGAGACUCUUCCCUUCUUCACUCAGUUCUUCCAGUUUCAAGCUAGCUACGACGACCUCCCGACUUUUCAGUUCUUUGUGAUUGCGAUGGCAAUAGUCGGGGGCUACCUAGUCCUCUCGCUUCCCUUCUCCAUCGUAUGCAUCAUCCGAACCCACGCCGCUGGCCUCAGAAUGCUCCUGCUCGUUUUGGACACUAUGGCCCUCACACUGACCACAGCAGCUGGGGCCGCGGCUGCAGCCAUAGUGUACUUGGCCCACAACGGCAAUCCGAACACGAAUUGGCUCGCCAUAUGCCAGCAGUUUGGCGACUUCUGCCAGAAAGUGAGUGGGGCCGUGGUAGCGUCGAUGGUCACGGCCGUCGUCUUCGUGGUGCUCGUGAUUGUCUCCGCCAUGGCUCUUCGUAGGACGUGAGAUGGUCCCAGCUGACCGAUGGAUGAGGAGGAGUAUCAAGACAUUUUCAUUACGUGUGUUUCAUGAUGUUGGUGUGUGCGGUGGUGCCUGUGUUUUACAAGAAGUCAUUUCAGCAAUGGGGUCAUUAUCAAUUCUUGUAUAGGCAUUACUUUAUGGAAAAAAAAUCGUUCAUUUCUCUGCUUCA